AUGAGUAAUGCUGCUGAACAAAAAGCUAAGAAUAAAAGUAAACAAAAUUUAAAAUAUAGUAAAGCAUUUACAAAUGUUUUAGUUAUUUUAAGAAAUCUUUGUUUUGAAAAUGUUGCUCACUUUAAACAGCUUAUUGACAUAAUUCAAUAUAAUGGUCCAAUCAUUGCAAUGACAGACAAUACUAAGUUAAAACUACAACUAAAAUAUUCUUCUACACUUGGGUGUAUUAUUAGAUCAAUUCUUUCAAAAGAAGAAAUACAAAUAAGCAUUUACUCAGAUAUUCCAAAAGUAAUUACAAAAAUUAAAACAUUAAAUAAAAUUGCUAAAACUGUUUUUGUUAUUGCACUUAUUCCAAAUAAAAGAUCUGAUACUGCUAAAGAUAUUGAAAAGUUAUAUAGAAAAUUAAUUGAAGAAAUUGCACCACAACUAUAUUUUCAUAUUUUAUCAUUGGAAUCAGAUAGUACAAUUACAGAAUUUUAG